AUGCCUUUCAAGCCCUAUAUAUCAGAUAAAGAUUACAUAAAAGGAAAACGCAAAUUGUUCUUAGACAAACUGAGCGAAAUUCUCACUGAAAUUGCCCAAAACUAUAACAUUGAGUUAUCAGCCAAAUAAUUUUUAAUACGAUACUUUCAAUAUAUACUUGAAUCUAAUGAGAGACAACUCAGAGGUGAUACAAGUGAGUUUGCUUAUGAAAUGGGUGAUUAUUUUAAAGAUUUCAAUCUCAAAUAUUUUUUUCCGAAAUAAAUUUGGUAAUUCAGUGUUGCAAGUAAAACUCCAUUUAAUAUUAAGAGACCUUCAUCAAUAGUCUAUGUAAUGCUUCAGAGUUGGAUAUCCUACAUAUCUUCGUACUAUUAAAUUUAGUAUUGCAAGGUAAAUUUACUAAAUCUUCAGCAUCGCUUAUUGAUGUUCUCACAUAUUAAGGAGGGAAUACCAAAUAUCCUUUUGAAUAUGAUUAUAUCAUAAGUUUUAAAUUCCGCAAUUUCGUAAGAAUAGUCAUCUAAAUUAUUCCUAUUUUGUAUCCAAUUUUAAAUGAAGAAGGCAAACCUAAACAUUUUGAAUUCCAUCAUGAAAUAAUUUUGGUUGGAUUGAUACCUGAAAAUUAGAAGGAUCAGAAAUACUAUUAUGAAAUAGAGAAGUAUUUCAAAAGUUAGUAAACCUCCCCUGUUUAUUUUACCAAUAUCAAAUUAAUUAAAGAAUCCAAAGGAGAUGCAUAAGAAUUAAAUGGGAUAAAGAUUGGGGAGAAUCCUAAAAAUUGGAAGGAUAUAUUACUUCCAAGGAAAUUUGAUAUAAUUCUGUUAGAUGGUUAGGAUUAUGUGUAUAAUGAAUAAUUUAAACGAUGGAUUUCAGUUUCGACUUAAGGUAUCUUAAACAAAAAAUUAACAAGAAUGUAAGCUUAACAAGCUAACCAUUACUUGAUUUAAAAAUAUAGUAAGUAACCAUCUGCAUUCUAACUGUUUAAAAUAAUUUAAAAUAUCCCGAAUUUCAAAGUUAACCUAACUAAGGAGCAACAAGAGAUUAUUUCAUUUAAUGGAGAUGGAUUAGUUAUUGGUAGAAGUGGCACAGGUAAAACCACUUGUGCUUUACUAAGACUAUUCACGACAGAUAUUCUAUUUAAAAUCAGAAGUAAAUUGGAUUAAAUUAAUUAAUAAACAAGCGAAAUAUAACUUAAUUAAUAAUAGUAGGAUUGCGUAUUAAAGACUGUCUUUGUUACGGCCAGUCCCUUAUUAGCAUGCUAAGUUAAAAAAUUAUAUGAUAAAUUAAUUUCAAACAUUUAGGAUGUCAUUAAUAAGAAAAAAAACAAGCAAAAGAAUCAAGUAGACAUUCAAGUGUAAGGUGAUUAGGAUGAAAUAGAUCAGAGCACAUUUUAAAUAAUAGAUGCAAUAAAAAACGAUCAAGAACAGUAAGAAUAACAACAGUAAAAUCAGGAAGAUGAUAUUGAUGACUAGGACAUUGAUGAAUAUGAAAAAGAAAUGGGACAGUUUUAAAGAUUUUCUGAUAUCAAUCAAUUUCCAAUAUUUUUGACAUUGAGAAAGUUUAUAUUUUUGGUUGAUGGUUCAUUAGUGAAUUCAUUUUUUGCAGUUUUCGAUAAUAAAUAGAAUAGAGGGUCUCAAUGGCAUAAUGAAUAAUUUGGAUAGAUGUCCUUAUCUCAAACUAAUGAAGCAAUGCAAAGGAAGUUGGAGUAAUAUAAUUAAAAAUUGAUGGAUGAAAUUGACAAUUCCGAUUUUAUUCAAACAAAAAUGCAUGAAGUCACAUAAAACGUUUUUGUUAGGGUUUUUUGGCCAAAGAUAGUAAGCACCAUUAAAUCAGAAGUUCCAAUACUUAAAUAUUUUGAUCCAAUUUUUGUUUGGUCAUAGAUUUGCACCAAAAUUAAAGGGCAUGAAACAUCACAUAAGUAUCCUGAUAGAUACAUAAAUUUUGACAAUUAUAUAAAUUUGUCAGGAUAUAAUUAGGAUAUAUGUAGUUUUGUUUAUGAAGCCUUCUAAAUUUAUGAAUAAUAUAAAUAUUAAUUAGGAUAUUAUGAUUUAUUGGACUUGGUAAAUCACAUUAAUCAAGAGUUAGCAAAUGGGAAUGAUUUUAUUGAAAAUGUUCAUUAUCUAUUGCUUGAUGAGUUAUAGGAUGUGCCAAGAGCAGUAUUAAUAUUGUUAGAUCAAUUAACAGACCUUGGAUUAUUUUGCUGUGGAGAUAAUGCUUAAAACAUAGCAAAAGGGAUAGGAUAUAGAUUUUUUGAAGUUUAGAACUGUCUAUUGUCUACUAGAGAUGAAAAGAAGAAAACAUAUAGAAAUCUUAAAAUAUUUGAUUUGAGCAUCAACUUUAGAUCUCAUAACCAAAUCUUGUAAUUGGCCAACUCUGUUAUAAGAAUCAUAGAGAUAUUUUUUCCGCAAUAAAUAGAUAAACUAAAAAAGGAAACAUCAAAUUUGAAAGGUCCUAAGCCUAUUGUAAUUAAGAGUGAUGAUGCAGAGUAAUUGUUGCAUAAUCUAUGUGAUUUCUUCUCAAAUGAUAAAAAAACAGUUGAAUUUGGUUGCAAUCAAGUCAUUAUUGUAAAAGAUCAAGAAUCUAAGGCCAGAUUGCCUAUUGAAUUGUAAAAUGUCUUAUGCUUAACCAUCUAUGAAGCUAAGGGAUUAGAAUUCGAUGAUGUGAUAUUAUUUAACUUCUUCCAUGAUUCAACGGCAUCUAUUAAAGAUUGGUAAUCUCUCAAUGAUUUAGAACCGUACACAGAAUAUCUAAAGAAGAUUGAUUAUGAAAGAUUUAUAACAAGUAUCAAUAUCAUUUCUAAAUAGUUCAUCCAAAUAAAGUGAUAUCAACCACUGAAGGGAAGGAUAAUGAAUUAGUAGAAGUCAGGUAAUUGAAAAUGAAAAACAGACUUGAACACUAAGAAAUAUCAAUUGAUUUAUGUUAAGAACUUAAGCAACUUUAUGUAGCAAUCACAAGACCUAAAAAUAGAUUAAUUAUUUUUGAUUAAUCUUUAGAAAAGAGAAAAAUUAUUUAAAAUAUAUGGAUUCAACUAGAUGCAAUCGACAUUAUUAGUCAACAAGUCUAACCAAAAGAUGUUAUAUUUUAAUUAGAAUUAUAAAAAAAUAAUAAGGAGAACUGGAAACGACAGGGCUUAAAGAUGUUUAGAAUGAAUAAUUAUGACUAAGCAGCAAAAAGUUUUAAAUUUGCAGAAGAAACAGUAUUAGAAAAGAAAUCUAUUGCAUAUAACAUUGUAGCCAAUAAUGUUCAUGUAGUCAAUAACAACUUACACAAAUUCCAAGAAGCAGCCAUGCUUUUUGAAGAAAUUGGAUUGUAUUAAAGAGCUGCUUAAUGUUAUUUCACAGCUAAAUAGUUUGAGAAAGCAUAAGAAUUGUAUGAAAAAACAGGCAGAAUGAACGAGAUGGCCGAAUCAGCAUACUUUGCUCACAAUUACUCAAAAGCAGCUUAGACUUUUGAAACGUUGGGUGAUAUAAGAAGAGCUAUUGAUUGUUAUAGUAUAAUAAGGGAUUGGGACAAUGUCAUAAUCCUAUUAAAUAGGUACAAAGAUCAAUUCAGUCAGCAAGAGAGGAUGGCAUUCUUAAAUUAAUUCUUUCCUAAUUAUUUAUAGAAUUUAGCUAUAGAGAUAGAGGAGACAGGUGUAUCAUAGAAUGAAUCCAAUCAAGUUUUGGAAGUCUAAUAGACUAAUACAGAAGGGGAUUCAGUUUUAAAUCAGUCGGACAGCUUCACAAUCUAGAAUUCAGUACUUAAUAGAUCUGAAAAUUAAGGGGAUUCUCAAUUAGUUAGUGAUCAAAUCAUUAAUUAGAAUAAAAAUGAAUCUAGCUUAGAGAUAUUAAAUCUGGAAUAAGAUGAGCAAUCAUAAUCAUAAUCAUUUUAGAUUGAAAACGAAGAUGAGAAUGAAUAAAAUAUGGAUCAUUUGUCUAUUUUUGAUCCUGAUGACUAAUGGUUGCUAUAAGAUUAGAAAUCACUGAUUAAAUCAAUGUCAUCUAAGAUCAGUCAUCAAUCAGAAUUCUCAAAUAUAAUACUUUUGAAUCAACCGCCAUAAAUAUCCUUGUUAAAGUCAAAAAGCAAUAUAUUUAUUUCAAAUAAAGUAUUAUAGAAAUUGAUUCAAAAAUCAGAAUUAUUCUCUUAGGAAUUUAGGAAUCACUUAGAUUCAUAAAAAUACAAGCAAGUUCAACUAUCUAAUAGAAAGGAUGAUGACAAAGAGUUUGAUCACAUGAUCAACUUCGUUUAUGAUUUGGAAAACAUUGACAUUGAUUCAAUUUAUAUGAUUUUGGAUAUAUUGGAGUAAUUUAAGAGUUAUAAAUUAUGCAUUUACUUGUGCAACUACUUUAAAUUAGCUUCUUAUCUCGGAAGAUAUGUAGUUUCCUUAACCUCCAUCUAUUCUCCAUUGACUAAGAACAAAUCAUCAGUUUAUAUUUAAAUGAUCACUCUGGGAUCUUACAGAAGGAAUCUGCUUGAAUAAUCAGCUUUAUCUUAAAUAGCAUUUGAUAAUAUAAUCGAAACAAUUAAUCCUAUCUUCUCAACAUUUAAAAAUGAAGAAGAAUUAAGUCUUAGUAAUAGUUUUGGAUUGAACUGUUAUUAAGAAUUAAUAGGAUUAGGUUUUUGGAAGUCAUUAAUCUAUUCUUUAAACUAUCAGAACUCCAUAGAACUGUGUAUGUCUUUUAACAACUUUUCAGAUGCUAUUGAAAUAUUUAAGAAAAUGAAGUAGCACAAAAAUUCAGAAUUAUCAGAAGAGGACCAAUUUAGAUUUCGAAAAAUCUAAUAUUAUUAAUAUAUUAAAUCAAUUAGAGGUUAGUAGGAUAAGGUAGAAGAAUUUACAAAAACUCUUGAUGAUGUAUUUUAGAUCACAAAGAAUUAUUACAUGAAAAAACAGUAAGAAAUAAUAAAUGAAGUUGAUUUGGAUUAAUUAAUAACUAAUGCUAACAUUAAUAAGAAAAACCUGACUUUUAAUGAAAAACUGAAAUAAAUAGAAGCGAUUAUAGUAGGUUUCGACAUCCUUAAAUCUAUUAAAGAUUUCUCAUUUGAGAAAUUUGUAGGGUUAUUUUAGCUAUUGGAAUAUUUCCAUGAUAAGUUGAUUUCUUAUCACAAUUAAGAGAAUAUCAAUGAAGCUUUAUUGUUUUGCUAUGGCAUCUCAAUUCCACAAGGGGAUAUUAUGAGUCAUUAUUCUCAUUCUUUAUUCAUACACAUAUCAUCGAAACUAAUUAAACAAGUAGUAAAAGAAACUCAUAAUAAGGAUAAUGCUUAUAAAUCACCAAAUUUCUUAACUUUUGUCGAUAUUGGAUAUGAGUAUAUUUCUAUUCCAUUUGAACAAGCUAUUGAAGAAAUAAAAGUCUCGUUUUCUUAGAGGAUUUAGCAGAUGUUGAAUCCUUAAUCAAAAAGGCUUAAGGAUAUUUAUUAAGUCAAUGAUGAUGAGUUCUUUUCAAUGAGUUCCCAAGAAGAUUGGGAAGAUACAUUAGCAGAGCUAUUAGUAUUUGUAAUGCUGGAACAAUCUUUUAAAAAGCUUUAAAACAGUAUUAACCAGAAAAAAGAAGAAUCUAAAAAGUAGAAUCCUAUUUCUGUUAGUUAUUCGAAAUAAAAGGUAUCAUAAUAUAUUUCGAUAAUUGAUUCUGAGUCAUCCUAGACUCUGCAACUGAUAUAGCGAAUGAUAUUGAAGAAUAAUUUUAGAAUCAUUGAAACUCCUAAUUAUAUCAAAAAUAUCGUUCGUAAGUUUGCCUUAGGUUUGAUUUUGCAUAAGCAAGAUAGGAACCAUUCCAAUAUUAUAAUGUCAAUUAAUUUAUUAAAUUUGACUGAUUAAUUAUCUUUUGGAGUCUUGAUCUUUUCAAGUUAGAAACAAGGAUAUGAAAAAUUUCUGCCCUAUCUCAAAUAUAUUGAGCUUCUUGAAUGCUAGCAUUUUGGUAUUAUUGAAGAUUCCUUAGGAUGUUUUUUAGAUUAUAGUUAAUAUGUAAUGGACAAAUUUUAUUUAGAUGAACAAUUAUGUCAUGUUAUCAGGAUAGGUUUAAAUAUUCUAGUAUCGUUAUUGUGUUACUGUUAAUAGAAAUUAACAAUAUUGAAAGCCUAUAAAGAAUAUUUAAAUUAGAUUGUGAAUGUUGAUGAAAAGUGUUGUAAAUUAGAGGUUGGAGUAUUCCAAAUAAACAAUUAAUAAUUAAUGUUGGAAUAUUUAGAGUAUCUAUUUGAAUUUUACUAAUACAGAUGCUCAAAGUAUUAAUAGGAUUAAAUCAAAUAAUUUUUGUUUAUAUUCGCGAUAAAUCUUCUAAAUACCCAAUAGGUUAAGGUUAUAAAGAGCCUUAUUUCGUACUUAUAAUAAGACGAAAGACUUAAAGCCUUUAAGAGAUUACAAGAUACUUUGGCUAAGGAAUUGUCAGGAAAUAAGAAGGAGGUUUAACAUAAGAAAAAUAUCUUAAUCUCUCAUUUAGGUUAUUUAGAGGAGGAUUUAGUAGAGGUAAUUAUUGUAAAUUCCAAAACUGGGUAACAGUUGGAUGAAUAGUAUGAUAAAUGUAUUUAGAUAUGGAAUAAUUAUCAAGAUAAUGCAAACUCUAAGAUGGAUCGCCUAAGAAAGGUGGUAAGCAAAUGGAAUUAGUUAAGAAAGAAUCACAAAAUUAUAAAUCUGACUGAGUAGAUAAAGUAGAAUCUACAGUUUUGGAGAAGUUUACAAUAUUAUAAGAUAGGAUAUGAUCGACGUCAAUGUUUGAGGACUUGUGAAAAUUUAAGGGAUUUAAACAGAAAUAUGAAAAAGCACAUUUCUAAUUUUAAUGAAGAUUUGCAAUUGAGUGUGUCUUUAUAGAGGUAAUAAGUAAUGAUAUACGUAGGCAAUUAUUAAAGGCCAGAUAAACUUUUAUUAACUCAUUUGAUAUCCAUUUAUUAAAUUCAUUUUUGAAUGAUUUGGGAGAAUAUUUGAAAGGGUUGUUUAGGGGAGAGGACGUGCAUACAAAGGUGAAAUAACUGGAAAUUGAGUUUAGAAAUUGGAAGGAGAAAGAUGAAGGGAAUGGAGCGUAUUAACAGAUGAUGGAGUUGAAUAGGUAGUUGAUAGUUUAGAAGUGGUAGAAUUUAAAAGGUGGAGUGAAAGUAUCUUAAAGGUAUUUGCAUUGAUGAUUACAUCAUAGGAGGGAGCAAUUGACUACAAUAUAGGAAGAAGUUACAGAGGAAUUUUAAUAAUGAUUUGGAGAGAAUUGAUAUAUUGAGAAU